AACAAUGAGCGAUAAUUUGAAGUCAGCUGAUUAAUGGAAACAAAACAUAACAAAUUGGACCUGAAACACUUAGUUUAAUUAAAAUGAGCUUCUCGGAAAAUACCUCCGACUCAGAUUGGAAGGACGCCAAAGUGAAAGUAUCUCGGACCAUCAGGGAAUCCAUAUCCAGUUCUGGGAGAAGGACAAGAGAUAAAGAAAAACACAAAAAACUGUCCUCGAGCAAGCCCAAGUACAACCAGAAGUUCUGUGAGAAGUGGUUAAAGAUUUUCGAACCGUGGCUCCGGCGGGAUCCUAAUGACCAGCACAAGCCCUUUUGCCGGGCCUGCCAGUGCAGCAUGGACUGCAACCGGUGCCACCUGGUGCGGCACCAACUCACCACCAAACACAAACGGAACCUGGAGUCAUUUCUCACCCAAGGUGAGGGCGUGGAACGACGAGAGGGGCGUGUACGCCAGGAGCGGAGCAAGUAUUACCAUCAGCGAAGACCAGCCAAACACGAAAACAAACCAGAGGUUCGACCAAAUGAAACCGCUGAGGAAGGUACUUCCUCUACGCUGCAACCCGUUGACAACCUGGACCCCAUGGAAGAAGUGGCUGUACCCAAACAGGAACUUUCGGAGACAGAAGCCAUUUCAAAAACGGAAGAAACUGCUAAUUGCCAACCCAGGCCCUCUACUUCUGCUUCAAAUCAAGAAGGUCUUAAACUCCUGCUACAGAUCCACCAGGACAAGAACGAGUUAAUGGAAUCCUUUCGAGAACUGAUGGGUAGCCAGGCGCACGUACAGCACCUUCCAGCUCCGACACCGGCCAAGGAAAAGAAUCACGUUGAUCUGUUCUUUGAGAGUGUCAGUUCGAGUGUCAAAGCAUUAUCACCCAAGCUCAUUGCCGAGGCCAAGAUGCGAGUCUCACAGCUUAUUUGUGAGCUGGAGUUGCGUGGCCUCACGGAUAAUAGUCCCCACGAUGCUGGAGCCGCACACUCGCCGACAAAUAGUCCAUUUGUACUGCAACAAAAUGGAACUGGAGGUCAGAUAAAGACACAACAGCCGCGUUUUAGUGGCGUUAGCUAGGAACAGUGUAAUUAGUUUACUAGGAGUAUUUUAUGUAUAUUGAUUAUAGGUAAAUAAGUGUUUAAUUAUAUAUUUUUGUACAUCGAUGGUUAUAGAUAAACCAUUUUGACCAAAAUAAUUAAUGCGAAAAUAUUUUUUCGUUAAAUAAAUUUGUAUAUUUUAA